AUGAAGAGGAAGACAGUGGAGUAUAAGUUGGUUGACGAGGAAAACGAUAUUGUAAGAAGCUACGAGCCCAGACGGAAGCCAAAGAGAAGCAGGAUACUGCUCCACGAAUGGCAAAGCAUGAUGCUAGAGCAUAGCUUCCGGACAAACCCAUAUCCAGACAGAAUAGAAAAAUACAAUCUGUUUCUGAAGACAGGGAUUCCUGUCAAGAACAUCAAGAUCUGGUUCCAGAACAGAAGAGCCCGGGAAAAGUCGUUCUAUGAGGAAAUGGAGGAGAUUCAUGAAUGUGAGAGGAUGGAGUAUCAAGGGCUGGACACAAGAGUAGCUAGUUUUGGAGAGGAGUUCCAGUACUACAAGUAUUGA